AUGGCCGGGUGCCGCCGCCUGGAGCUGGCCGAGGCCCUGGCACUGGGGCCCGGUUGGCGGCACGCGUGCCACGCGCUGCUCUACGCGCCCGACAAGGGGCUGCUCUUCGGUCGCAUCCCGCUGCGCUAUGUCGUACUGAUGCAGAUGCGCUUCGAUGGGCGCCUGGGCUUCCCAGGUGGCUUCGUGGACGCGCAGGACGGCAGCCUGGAGGAUGGGCUGAACCGCGAGCUCCGGGAGGAGCUGAGUGAGGCGGCGGCCGCCCUCCGCGUGGAGCGAACCGACUACCGCAGCUCUCACGCCGCGUCCGGGCAGCAUGUCGUGGCCCAUUUCUACGCCAAGCGUCUGACGCCAGAGCAGCUUGCAGCGGUGGAGGCCGGCGCACCGAGCGCCAAGGACCACGGGCUGGAGGUGCUGGGCCUCGUGCGGGUGCCCCUGUAUACCUUGCGGGAUGGUGUGGGAGGCCUGCCUGCCUUCCUAGAGAAUUCCUUUAUUGGCGCUGCGCGGGAGCAACUGCUGGAAGCCCUCCAGGACUUGGGAUUGCUGGAGUCUAGAUCCCUCCAGGGCCUUAAGAUCUCAGCUCGUCACUAGAGGCAGCAUUUCGUGGGCCUGAGGAACUUGAUCUCAGGACCUUGGCAAAAGGGAGGAAAGGAAAGAGGAGUGUUUUUUCUUCUGGGCCUGGGAGAUGGUAGAUCAUAGCAGAUUAAAAGAAGAAGUAUGUGCAAUAUGUUCUGAGCAGAGACCCUCCUGCCACCCCCUCCUGCCAAUUCACAGCAUCAGGAGCAAAAAUCAUCCCAGGAGCCCUAGCAAACUCUCAGAGCCUGCUUCCUCCUGGAUUUGUGUACGUGCCUACACACACACAGCCUGAUACUCUCUCUGCCGACUGCUUCCACCCCCACCUCCCCCCAGGCAUGUCAAUGCACAAUCUGUCCACACACAGUCUGACACCUUCAUCCCAUUUAACUUGGAAGUGUGGGUAGGGCCUGGCUUGUCAUCAUACCCUUCUCCUUGCUGGGGAGAGGCUUUUCCCCCACUCCUAUGUGACUGCUUUCUAGGACCUAGCCUGGCCUAUGCUUGCUGGUGGAGGAGAGAGAAGCAGAGACCCUCUUGCUCCCUGAAAUUGGUCAUGCUCUUACCUAGGGAGUGGCCAAAACAGUGGGUCCCUGAAAGGUGGGAGAGAGUCCUAACCAACCCUUGACCCUCUCCUUCCCCUGAAAAUAAGUGGAAAGGGUGAGGAAGUGGCAUGGUUUCCUUGGUCUGAUCUUGGACCUGAGACCUCUGAGCCCUGGUUCCUCUCCUAUAGGGCUUUCAUCUUUGGGAUCCUUUGGACUCUAAGGAGAUCAGAAGAGAACUGAUCAAGCACCUAUGUAGCCUAGCCCUGCCCAGAAGAGCCUCCCAGGAAAGAACGGCUUGUAGCUGGGCCUCAAGGCCCAUCAGUGCUCUCAACAAGUAUUUAUUGUGUACUUACUAAAUGCUAGGUGCUCGAUAAGGUGUUGGAGACCUGGUAGUAAGAGAUCCAUAGGCCCUGUUCUCUAAGACUCGAGCAGGGGUCAGCAAACUUUCUUAAAGGUCCAGAUGUUAAAUAUUUUAGACUUUGUAGGCCACAUGGUCUCUGUCACAACAACUCAACUCUGCCUUUGUAGCUCCAAAGCAGCCAUAGACAAUAAAUAAGCGAAUGAAUGUGGCUAUGUGCUGAUAAAACUUUAUUUUAAAAAAGCUGGUGACCAGCCUAUGGGCCAUUGUUUACCAACUCUUGCUUUAGAAAGGAAGCUAGGUUAAAAUUUUCAAUAGUGAUGCCUGUUUAUUUAUGUAAGUGUUAAGGAAAUAAACAAGGAACUGAUACAGGUCAUAUCUUGAUGUUUUUUACUUUUAGUUGGAGGGAUCUCUCUGAACAUUUAAACUGAAGGAUGAGAAGAAAGUAGGAGUAUGGGAAGAGUAUUCCAAGUAUUCCAGGGAAAAGCAUGUCAAGGCCCUGAAGUGGGAAUAAUCUCAGCAAACCAUCCCAAAACUUAGUGCUUAAAAAACAACAACCAUUUUAUAUAUCAAUAUUUUUUUUGGAUCAGAAAUUUAGAUGAGGCUCAGCUGGGUGAUUCUUCUGUUCAUAUGACAUCAGUGAAGAUGCCUUGAAAAGGCCAGGUGGUUUUGAGCUGGUGAAUAGGACCAGUCUGGAAAGCCGGCUUCACUUACAAGUCUGGCACCUAGUGGUGAUACAGGAAGGCUGGGCUCAACUGAGACUGUUGAUUGGAGCUUCUAUAUGUGGCCUCUCCACAUGGUGGUCUCGUGGUAGAUGGAUUUUUUUAUAUAGUGGCUGAGGACUCCCAAAGAAGUAUUCCAAGAGACCAGGUAGAAACUGCAAGGCAGUGAUGUCAGUGUCGGAAAUUGCACAGAUUCACUUUUGUCGCAUUCUGCUGGUCAAGUAGGUCAUCUAAGACCAACUCAGAUUCAAGGGAAAGAGGAUUAGACUCCAUCUCUCAGUGGGAGUAGCAGCAAAGAAAUUGCAGCCAUCUUUAAUCUACCACGGCAUGGUCUAGAAAUGGAAAAAAGCCAGUGUGAUUAGCAUAUGGUAAGAAUGGGGAGAUGAAGCUGAAAAGGUAGUCCGGAGCCAGGUGCUAUAGGCUCCAUGAUGAGGAGCCUGGUGUAUGUUUCAAGAAAGGCACUCCUGGUGGUGUGUGGAGCAUGGAAUGGAAGGGGUUAGGAGAGGAAGCAGGACAGGAAGCUGCCACAGUAGGUCAUGUGGGAGAUGGUAGUGAUCUGGACUUCAGUAGUGGCAAGUGGAGAUGGAAAGAAGAUGCAUUUGAGACAGAUUUUGGAAGUGGCAUAGAUGGGCCAUACCCAUGAUGGACUGGUUGAGGACAGUGAUGGGGAAAAGGAUUUAAGGAUGACUUAGGUUUAUGUCUUAAUUUGUUCAUUCAUGUUGUGGAUGAAGUGAAAGCCUGGGUGGGUAGGGGGAGCAAGCUUUCGAAGGGGACAGGAUCAAGGCAGUCAUUUGGGACAUGGGGAGAUGUAACUUUGUGAGUCAUCUGUAUAAAAAGGGUAUAAAAAUUUGUGGGAACGGAUGAGGUGAUCCAGGAAGAGAGAAAAGAGAAGCAGGCUCACCACAGGGCCCUGAGAAAUUCCAACCCUGAGAGUCUGCGUGGAGGAGGAGGACAUGUUAAAGGAGACCAGGAGAUGAGAAGUAGCUGCUUUAGGGAAGUGGACUAUGCCAAGUGCUUUGGAGAGUUUCAGUGAAAUGAGGACAGAACUGUCCAUUGGGUUUAGUAGUAUGAGGUUGUUGAUGACCUUGAUGGGAGCAACUUCCGGAAGGGGUGGGGGCAGAAGGCAGGCAGGAGUUAGUUGAGUGAAUGGGAAGUAGGGCAGUGGGUAGUGAGAAGUAGGUCCUAAAGGGGCUCAGAGAAAUGAUGUGAUAACUGGAAAGGCAUGUGGGGCCCCGGGGAAUGUUUAAGGUAGGAGAAGCUGAUAGGAACAGUCAAGAUUGAGAGUGGAGAGAUUGAUGGGGUGGUGAGAGGGAGCUUCCUGAAGGAGCACUGCCCUUGAAAAAGGGGGAGGGGAUGGGGUCUUUGGUGGGAGGACAGACAGGAGAGCAUGAUAGAGCUCAAGAAGGGGAAGAUGGGGACAAGUAUAAAUGACUUAAGAGGGCUAAAUUAAUGGUGGGAUGAUGAAGGAGUUUGAACCUUUUCUGGGUGAAAUGAACAAGACCAUCAGCUGGAUGUGGUUGGAGGAGGUUCUCAGAAGGUGUGAAGUAGUCAUUCAUCUUGACAUGGAAAAGCAAAUCUAUUAAACAGAAUGGCAGGACAGGGUUGAGAUAGGAGAUGGUCAGUUUAGAGAGGAAAACUAGUCACUCAGAUGUGUAUGGGGGUGCAUGCACGUGCUUCCCCUUCAUCGGUGUUCAGCAGCUUGGAUGGAGACAGUGCAGAGUUGGGGUUUCACCCGAGGGGUACAAGAAAGGGAGAGAGAGGAGAGGCAGUUAAGAUAACUUGCACGGGAGAAAUUGUAAUGAUGGACUAUGGGAGUCUAAGUUUAAUCUGGAUAAGAUGGGAAAUGAAGACAGGAGGUGACUUCAGAGGGGUUAGCAAAUUGGAACUCUUGAUAAUGUAGAGCUCUACCAUGGUGAGGGGUGGGGCAGGGAGUAUAUGUGAGCCAGAGACGAUCACAGGUAAAGUCAGGGUCUGUGGUGUGAGGUGGAAUGGCUGGCCAGGGAAGGAGCUUUGGGAGGUGAGUUCCAGGAAUGGUGAGGCUAGAGGGUGGAAUGAGAGCCUCUGUGGAGUGACAAAGUAGGAAACUGACAGAUGUUGGAGAGGAUGGUGUGAGCUAGGUGUGAACACCCUCAGUGGACAAGAGGAGUGACCAAAAGACCAGUGACUGAUACCAAGAGGGGAAAGACAGAGCCUCUGAGGAGAGGGACUUUUGAAGAAGGGAGGGUGCAUAGCGGUCUAGAAGGGCAGCCACAGCAAUGAGAGUACGAGUGGCAGCUCUUGGCCUUUGAAGUACAGGGCUGUGAAGGAGAAACACCUUCCCCUUGAAAGAGUUUUGAGGGAGCAGCUCUAGGGGUCAAGUAGAUUCCUAGAGAGAUUGAUUCCUCUGUCUUCUUUCUCCUACCCUCACCCUGAGGCUUUUGUCGAACUCUGUCUAAAGUAAACUCUCAGAAGAGGUAGGCUAGAGAGAUGGACAUGCAAGUGCCCUCCAGGGCACAGCCUGUACCAGCUUCUUCUGUGCUUUAUCUCACAUAGGCCUCAGUUCAUCUCUGCAAGGGAGGUAACUCGCCCACAACUGCACCACUGACAGAUCCCAUCCCUCAGGAUCUGGACCUAGGCAAAUCUGAAUCCAAAGCUCAUUCUCAGAUUGAGUGUAGUCCAACCUCCGAUACCAUUUGUACACCUCUGCAAUACUUUGUCUCACUCUGCUUGAACAUCCUGGGCAGUUCAGCCGUCAACUAUCUUAUUUAUAUUAAUUUUCCAUAUUUUUUUAAUAUCUCUGAUAAAGGGCAGGAGGAGGAGUACACGAUCCUCUUGUCAUCCCAUAAACACACGCUCCCAGUUAGUAGAUGACUCUUCAGUUAGCCCUAAGAAAAGCUGUUCUUUGUUCUGUGCUUUGAGCUCAUUUGCCCUAGUCCCUCCAUUGCUACAGGCAGUCGGGUGGGACUUGUGCCAGGUCAUACUCGAGUUUCUCUUCCUCUUACCCAUUACUAUCCUGCUGGCAGAUAAGGAAACGGGGGUGGUUGCCCAUUUAGAAUUUUCUUGGCCUUUUUAAAACAAAGAAUCUGGGGUAGAAAGAAGAUGAGAGGCUUCAUUUUCAUCUUCAGCCUGCCCCCACUGGCCAUCUUGCUGACUUUCAGCUGAUCACUUGCCCUCCUUGUCCUUAUCUGAAAUACUGGGUUGGCGAUUCCUGUGGUGAGGGUUAAAUGAGGUAGCACAUGAGAUAUGGCUUUGGAGUAAAGCACCUAGCACUAUUUCAGCACCGAUGCGUGUUUUGCUUCUUGCUUGUUAGCACAUUUUGUUUCUUGGAAGGUGAGUGGACCAGGCUGCCUCCCCCUAAACACGUAUUUCUGCCUUUCUCAGCACAACCGGCAAGAUGUUUACACUCUUUAACUCUGUACCUUUCCCUCAAGUAUGCUGGCUGCUAGUGCUGUCAAACACUUUUUGGCCGCACGCUGUUCUAAGCCAAAGUCCUUCUCAGUAAUUGAGUUCUGGCAAAGUUGCUACAUCUAGGUUGACACAUCUGAGAAAGAGCGGCCACCCCUUUCCCCAGUUACCAGGGCCCUUGGAGACUGCUGAGACAAACAAAGGGAAUGGUGCAGAAGGUGGGGAGAGGUUUUCUAUGAACUUCAGUUCAUUGCACAGGAAACAGGUUUUUCUCAAAACCCUCUAUCCCAAAUAGGCAAAAAUGAACAGAGGAGGAAAAAAGGAAAAAAAAAAAAAAUUAUGUGAUGAAAUUAGUGAAUGGCACCUGAAUUUGAGCCAAAUUAAAGAUGCUAGACCUUGGCCACUUCAGAGAGGAGCCAAAGACAGGAGGUGGGGGAACUCUGUUUAAAACACCUUCAAUUUGAGGAAAACGCGCUGGCGCAUGAGCAGGGAAGAGGCAAAGGGAAAGCGCCUCUCAGAGCCAGUAUCCAGUAAUCUCCAGUCGUCACUCUCAUAAAAGUGCAUGGAUUCCUUUGGGGAAGGCUGGGAGAAAGAUUAACAGUAUCAAUUUUUGGCAAUGUAGUGAGGUCUUUCCUCAAGGGGACCCGAGCUCCCCUUCAUUCAAGGGGUUUGGGUCUUUAAACUCGCUCAAGUCUGGGAAUUGAUUGAGGGGCCAUUACUGUCUAUUCUCGCAGUUCGAGUUAGACUUCUGUUCACUUGACCUAGAACUCUUCUGCUUAUAAAGAUCAAGUAAAUAGUAAAUUUCGUAUCUAUUUUACUCCUAGGGACAGUAUUAAGUAACACGGUAAGUCCAUAUGAGUUGGACUAUUCUGAUCACUGCUUUGACUCUGCUGUCCAUUACAGGUAACCAUGCCCACUUUGUCGAUUGAGUGCUGCCAUUUGAACCCUACCACCACAGGGUCCA